AUGCCAAUGGGCGCAUCUCCAUCUCAGCUCUAUGCCAACUCUUUGGACUUCCCAAUGAGACAGCACAUGACUUCAAGGAGAACUCAAAGAGGAAACAAGCUGCCUUUGCUGAUUGGACACACUUUGCCAAUGAACCAUUCUUGCCUUCAAGAUCAAAGGUGUCUAGAAUCACUCAUCCAGCCAUUCGCUAUGUGCACCGCCUCAUCUCCACCACUUUCCAAUGCAAACAAGAAGCCAACAAGGUCACAACUGAUGAGUUCUACAUCCUCACCACACCAUUCAUCAAGCAUGAGUACAAGGCCAACCUUGGCUUUUACUUGCCAAGACAUUAUCAAUGUGAGGAAGCUAGCUAAAGACUUGGAAGGCAACAAGAAGCUUUGUGUUCGUUUUGGGAGGCUUAUCACGGCCAUAGUACAACAUGUGGGGAUUGACAUUCCCAACUAUGAGCCACUACCCAAGCCAACCCCUUUGGAUCUCCAUGCUCUUCAGCACAUCCACUUCCUAAACCGUUGGACUAAAGACCCAACUCGGUUUUGCUAUGAGUUUCCAAUUGGUCCAGCCAACACUUCCCUUGUCUUGCUGCCACAUGAAGACAUCCCAAGCCUACGCUCAGGUGUUGUCACUUUCCAGCCCAAUGAGGAAGACUUCUAUGUUCCAUCAAGUGAGAAACCAUCAUUCCCCAUGCUCACCUAUCGCACACUUCAGCAUGCAGUCAAGACUCAACGCCGCCACCAAGAACGCCAUGUUCUCACUACUGGCAUGGCCGCGCACCAAGCUCUAGACCGUGUUAACAAGCUGGAGAAGAUAGUGGAAUGCCAAUCUCGCUUCAUCUCACGCCUAGUUCGUGUAGUUCGCCACAUUGCACCGGAGAGACUCUUUCGCCCUUCUUCCACCGCUAGAGAGCCAUAUGAGCCUGACCUUGGUGAGUUCUCACUAGACUCAGAGCUUGGUUCAGAAGGCGAUGACCCCAUAGAUGAGGAAGAGAGUUCUUCUCACUGCCACACAUAG